AUGACACCGAAAGGCACACUAGCACUCCUCUUGCUAUCUGCUGUCGGCACCCAUGCCGCACCACAAGCACCCAAGUCGAUACAGUGGAAGCCGUGUCCUGACCUCAACAAGCAAAUCUUCGAGGAGAUAGGCGUCGAAGGUGCGGCCUUCGACUGCGCAAAGCUCCCCGUCCCGCUUGACUACACAAAUCCAGACUCUGAGAAACUCGAGCUUUCUCUAUUCAAGCUCAACGCCACCAAACAGCCCUCCCUCGGCACCGUCCUCUACAACCCAGGCGGACCAGGAGGGACGGGCGCUCAAAACCUACCCUACGAUGGGCCCAAACACCAAGCCAACAUGGGCGGGCAGUUUGACCUUGUCUCCUUCGACCCCCGCGGCACGGGCAAAACGAUACCCUUCAACUGCACGCCCGAGGACAACUCGACUCUGACGCGGCGUGCGACCGAUAGUCUCGCGCACACCAACCUCACAGAACAGUUCCUCAAUGGGGGCUGGGACGACGCCGUGGAGAGGGCCGAGAUGUGUCAUGCCACGAACAACAAGACGGGUCAAUUCAUAGGCACUACCUCGGUGGCUCGCGACAUGCUCCAGAUCGUCGACGCGCUGGGCGAAGACGGCAUGCUCCGCUACUACGGCUGGUCCUACGGCUCGGCACUGGGUGAAUACUUUGCGGCCAUGUUCCCGAACCGCGUGGACCGCAUGUUGCUCGACGGCGUCGUGGACCCGAACAUCUGGCUGUUGGGCCACCGAGGCAACUUCCUCGUCGACACCGACGCGGCGAUCCAAGGCUUCGCGGAGGAGUGCGCCAAGAGCAAGGAUGAGUGCGCCAUCGUCAACGCCACGGGCGCCACCAACGCAUCCCAGAUCUUCGAAUGGGCCAACGGCUUCUUGGAGCCGCUGGCCCAGAACGCCAGCAAGUCCAAAGACGCCGACGCGGCCGCAGAGGCACUCGUGUACCUCGCAUCCAUCAAGGCCUACAUCUACGGCCAGCUGUACUGGCCCAUCAAGUGGCCCGCGCUCGCCGAGACUCUUGUAUUGGCAGCCGAGGGCAACUACACCGCGAUCCUGGCCUCGUCGAGUACCGACGAGACCUCGUCGUCAUCUUCCGCCCCGCCGGGCUACGACCGCGGACAAGACUCGAUGGACGGCAUCCGGUGCAGCGACGCCGUCUUCCAGGUCGACAAGGCCCGGGACUACCUCCCGCAGAUCGAGUACCAGGCGACCGUCAGCCAGAGCUUCUCCGACGUCGUCUACCAGUCCAUCUGGCCGUGCGCGGCGUGGAAGCUGCCCAGCAAGGGCCGCUUCGAGGGGCCCUUUGACGCCCGGACGCGCACCCCGAUCCUCUUCGUCAACGGCGAGUACGACGUCACGAGCCCCAUCCAGGGCGCGUACAACGCGAGCCGGGUGUUCGAGGGGAGCGCCGUCCUCGCCCACUCCGGCUACGGGCACGGCCUGAUCGCGAGCCCGUCCAAGUGCGCCGCCAAGUACGUCACGGCGUACUUUGUCAACGGUACCCUGCCUAAGAACGGAACCCGCUGUGAGCCGGACAUGAGCCCGUGGGAGGCCGCGAAGGCGAGCGCGGCGGGCGGUGGUGGCUCUGCGUCGCGUCGGUGGUUACAAACGAUAAACCACAAAAGGGUAUAG